AUGAACAUUAGGACUUUGACUCGUCUUACGAGUUCCAUUAAACAAGCAAAGAGUACCCAGCAUUCCCGAAGCUUUUACAUACUGUCUUCUACAGCCCGCGCAACUCCUCAGCGCAUUUCAUCUCUGGUGUCAUCAUCAAAUAUUACCCAGCCUAGGUUCCUCGUUCAGAAGCAACACAUCAGAAUGGCUAGCAAAAUCACCGAGUGGGUUAAGUCAGGCGACAAGUCGGGAGAGUUCAAGCGCCAGCAGAGCUCGUUCCGCGACUCCAUCUCUCGCGAGCAGGGCGCAAAAUUUCCUCCUGAGAAGGGCCGGUAUCAUCUCUACGUCAGCUAUGCAUGCCCAUGGGCUUGCCGGACAUUGAUCACCCGCAAACUGAAGGGUCUAGAGGAUAUAAUCAGCUAUUCUGUCGUCCAUUGGCAUCUGGGUGCGAAGGGAUGGCGUUUCGUUACAAAAGAGGAGCAGGACAGCGUUCCCGGCGACAACGUCGUGCCGGACCCCAUUCCCGGCCACGAAAGCUUUACCCACCUCCGCGACGUCUACUUUGAGUCAGAGCCCAACUACGAGGGACGUUUCACCGUCCCCGUGCUGUACGACACCAAGCUCAAGACUAUCGUCAGCAACGAGAGCAGCGAGAUUAUCCGUAUGCUGUACACUGAGUGUGUUGUACAUUAUGCACGGCGCAAGAACUCAUUUGAACAAGAAUCAGUUCGGCUGACCAAGACUCAAAAGUUUGAUGACCUCGUGGACGAAAAGUACCGCCAGAUCAAGCUCUACCCCGAAUCCCUCCGCAGCCAGAUCGACGAGACCAACGAGUGGACGUACGACAAGAUUAACAACGGCGUCUACAAGUCCGGCUUCGCUACGACCCAAGAGGCCUAUGAGCGCAACGUUGUCAUCCUGUUCGAGGCCCUUGACAAGGCCGAGGCUCACCUCAAGUCUACGCAGAAUGAAGGUCCUUACUACUUUGGCAAAGACAUCACCGAGGCGGAUAUCAGACUCUUCGUGACUAUUAUUCGAUUUGAUCCCGUCUACGUGCAGCACUUCAAGUGCAACAUUCGCGAUAUCCGAUCUGGUUACCCCUACCUUCACAAGUGGAUGCGCCACCUCUACUGGAAUGUUCCGGCGUUCCAUGACACAACUCAGUUCGAGCACAUCAAGUGGCACUACACCAAGAGCCACACCCAGAUUAACCCCUUCUCCAUUAGUCCCGUUGGCCCCCUGCCAGACAUCCUCCCUCUAGACGAGGAGGUACGGGCUGUCAGCACUAGGCUCUAA